AUGUUUUAAAAUAUUGAAAAAAGUGUUUUCUUUUCAAUAUUUUAUGAUAUGAUAAAUUAGUUUUUAUUAUAAUUCAUUAAUUUUAUUAAGUAAAAUCAUACUUUUUACAGCCCUGCAAUUUAAAUUUAUUGUUUUAUGUAUGAAUAUUUAAACAAUUGAAGUUUACAUAUCAUGUUUAAGUUACGAAAUGAUGUCCCAGAGGAAACUAGGAGAGAUGUUUUAUUAUUUCAGAAGAAAUAUUUCAAGUAGAUAACUUUAUAAUAGGAUUUCAAUCUUGGUUACUGUUUCAAACUUUUUUUACCAAAAUCUAGUGCUUGUGCGCUAACUAAUUUACUAAAGCAAAGAAUCAAUGGAAAAAAUUUGAAGAAAUAAAAACUAUUCAAAAUAGAAAAAGAAUGUAGUUAACUUAAUUUUAGGAUAAAAUUACUGGAAAGAAGAAAAGAAUGAG